AAGCAACCAAAAGUUCGGAUAAAAUAGCAUGUUUGGGCUUAAUCAGCUAUUCGAAGGUAUAUGAAUAGCAUUCUAUUCAGCUCACUUUUUAAGUAAUUAACCGAACUUCAGUUCACAAAAAGUACACUUGUGUCGCUGAAAGGAACGCUAUUCAGCUUAAAAAUAAACUUCGAAAAAAUGAAAAAAAAAAUGGUUUAGUCCUCAAAAGUAAUUUAUUAUUAAGAACCAUUAGUUCAUGUGGAAUCCAAAUUGACUAAUACCUUGAAAUAAUGUUUGAUGUUUUUUACUUACUGAGAUUUGAACUCGGGAUCUCCUCGUUGAAAGUCGGUGCCUAACCACUACUUCAUGUAUGUGUUGUUAUGCACUGUGGGAUUUUACUCAAUGUGCUGAUAUCAUAUAGUAGAGCUCAAUCAGGUUCGCGUGUGAACUUUCCCUGAACUUGGAAUAGUUUUUGAAGUCGAAAGUUCGAAAGAAGUUCACGUGGAACUUCUUGUGAACUUACGCAAUUUGACAUUUUCAGUUUGUUGUGGUUCGCAGUGCAAAGCAAUAAAUUAAGGCCAGUGUAUCGACUUCAAGAAAAGAUUAUAAGAUUUCAGCUUGGUUUUCAGUGAAUACGAUUGCGUCGAUUACCGGUGCGCUGCAGUGACAAGUGAGACGGGUGUGAAAACAUCCAGCAAAGCUGGAAAAUUUUUGUGCGCAGCCGAAAAACCCCCGGCGGCAUCCUGGGGGGAACAGUUUUCCACUGCGGGGGCAGCCUUUGAGCCACACAAUACGGAUCUCUUGCGUUGAUUACAAGUAAGUACGUUCAAAUAUUAUAGUGGAACAAAGUGUACUUGUGAAAUUAACACAAGCUGUGGCUGCUGGGCUCGAUUUCCGAGUGAUUUAAUUGAAUGAGAACUUCUCCCCGGCCCCGCUGUCGCCGAAGUUCAAGUGAAGUUCACUUUUGGUACGGUUUAUAUUUAUCCGAACUUUCUGUAGUAAGUUCAAAACAAGUUCGAAACAAGUUCGGAACGGAUGAUUUCAAGUCGUUGGAAUAUGUUCAAAUGAACUAUAUUUGAAUUUUAAAGGCACGCAAAAGUUCAACAUGAGUUCGGUUAAUAUUUGAUUGAACUCUGUUUUAAAGUUCAAAAUAAGUUCUUUUUGAACCUUUUUUCGACUUUAAUGUCGUUUUGAAGAGAAGUCAAAAGCUUGUACAUGUACUUCCAAGUUCAUAAACAAUACAAGAGUAACUUUUUGGAGAAUUAAGUUCAACGAAACCUGGAAUUGAACCGAACUUGAACUUCUGAGUUCGUUCUUCAAGUGGAAUCCGAACUUUUGGUUGCUUGGGCAAUUUGCCUGUCACAGCACAAAUGAUCGCCAAGGAAACCCAAGACGACCCGGUCCUUCAAGAGGUAAUCAACCACAUCAGCAACGGCUGGCCGAGCACCGCAAGCGAGCUCCACACUCCAGCUGUACGACAAUUCUACUCGCGAAGAGAUGGUCUUCAAGUUACCCAGGACUGCAUUAUGUUCGGCGAACGAGUUGUGGUCCCUGAACGGUUCCGCAAACGCAUCAUCCGGCAACUCCACCGUGGACACCCCGGGAUCGAUCGGAUGAAAUCACUCGCAAGAAGUUUCGUGUACUGGCCGAACAUCGACGAGGACGUUGAAUCGUUUGUGCGCCAGUGUCGUUCCUGUGCUGCUGCUGCAAAAUUGCCCCGCAAGACUACCCUAUCAUCAUGGCCGAUACCAACGAAACCAUGGGAAAGGAUUCAUAUCGACUACGCAGGACCGGUCGAUGGUUACUUCUACCUUGUCGUGGUAGAUGCCUACUCAAAAUGGCCGGAAAUUUUCAGGACCCGUAGCAUCACUACCACAGCGACGCUGGAGCUCCUGCAAGAAACUUUCACAAGAUAUGGAAACCCACAUACUCUUGUGUCCGAUAAUGGUACCCAGUUCGUCAGCGCCAGUUUCAAGCUUUUCUGUGACGAAAAUGGUAUCCAGCAUCUGACGACAGCGUCGUAUCACCCACAAUCGAACGGACAAGCAGAACGUUUCGUCGACACCUUGAAGAGAGGAUUGAAGAAACUUGCCGAAGGGGAAAAGACGAUGACGUUCCAGCACCUUCAGACGUUCCUAUCCGUUUACCGGUCAACAUCAAACCGAAACGCUCCGGAUGGUAAAUCUCCUGCGCACCUGUUCCUAGGACGAGAAAUGCGGACAUCCCUGGAUCUCUUGAAGCCGAGUUCUCCGCGUCCAACCCUGGUCAACGAGAAGCAGAACGACCAGUUCAACCGAAGACACGGAGCGGUCAAAAGAGCCUUCAAUCCGGACGACCUGGUGUACGCGCAAGUACAUCGCCGAAACAAAACCGAAUGGAUUCCUGGACAGGUCAUCGAACGCAAGGGAUCAGUGGACUAUACUGUGUUACUCGAAAACGGACGCCUCAUCCGAGCACAUACGAACCAACUACGCCACCGGUUCUCGGAUGCAAGUGAAGCCGUUUCUACACUCAACAACCAACUCCCUUUUGCACUUCUCCUCGACGAAUUCCAAAUCCAAGUUCCAACACCAGUGGUUCUGGAAAAUCCGCUAGACGAACUGGUUCCCGACACCGCAAAUGUUCCAGCUGACGAAGACGAUGGAAAUCAGGACGUGAUGACGGAUGAUGAGCCCGAGGUUCCCACCAGUAUUGGUUCGCCGGAACCAGCUCGACAAGGAAGAUUUCGCAGGCUACCAGCUUGGCUUGCGCCCUACGAUCUCUUUUAA